AUGGCGAGUGCUCUGCUGCAAGCAUAUGAAGAGGGCGAUACAGCUACAUUGAUUUCAUUGCUCGAGCAAGAAGCACUUUCUGCCUCUCAACAGGCCGACGCUGACGCCUAUUCGAAAGCCUAUGCGCAGCUCGCGCCUCUGUACGCAGCGACGCCCUACACGGCCUCAACCACAGCUGCAACGACGGCACCAGCAACAAAAGGACGGAAGCGUACGACACGCGCGGCAGCUGCUGCGUCGAUCCCUGCACAAAGUGGUUCGCAACGCCCACUCAUCACAGCGCUGCAUUUACUGCUCUUGUUGACGCGUCAAGAUAUCGCUGCCUUUCAUGCGGCUUUGGAGUCACUACCACAGAUAUUGCUCAGUACGCCUGAAGUUGCUUGGGCUGCUCAAUUAGAGCAAAACAUCACAGAGGGCUCGUACCAAGAAGUACAAACAUUGUUGUCGUCACCACCUCAGACUGCAUCGCCUGAUGCCUUUCGUGCAUUGGCUGAGCAAGUCUCUGGAUCUAUUCGGCGGGAGAUUGCAGAUUGUGUCGGGAGUGCGUAUGAGUCGUUGCCCAUUGUCAAUUUGGCGGCUUUGCUGAUGAUGCCGGAUGGGAGUAAGCAGGCCAUCACGGCCUUGUGUGAGGAACGCGGAUGGCAGUUGGAUACAGGGAAUGGCAAAGUACAUUUCAAGCAAGGCGGCAAUGUAGGUACGGCUACAUCGACGACACGAUUGGCAGGGACAAACAAUGUUGAUGCAAUGGCGGUGGAUCAUGAGGAUGAAGCAGGAGUUUCCUCUGCAGAGAUGGAAGCAUAUGGUGGAGAUGCGCGGCGUGCGAUGCUCUCGCAGACCUUGGGUUAUGCGCGUGAGCUCGAGAGCAUUGUGUAG